AAAGAAAGUGAAAGUAAAAGGAUAAUUGGGGACACGAUAUCUGCGAGUGACUGUUGACUCUGUACAAAAGGAACAACACGAGAUUUUAUUUAAUAUUUUAUUUCUCUUCUGCUUGUCAUGACUGGAUGAUCUCAAGUUCCAAGUGGGGAACAAAUUGGUCUAUCUGGGGGGGGCUACAAACUUCUGAACCCCAACUCUAAACUCACAGGGUUAUGUAGAGCGGCUGGAACUGAGGAAUAAAGGAAUGGCUGAAUUAGGGACGGAUACCAGACUUAUCCAGUUCCUCCGGGUCCUGCGAAUUCUCUGUCUUUUUCUCUACAAGCAGACAGGUGCUGUUCUGGAGGUGGUAUCUCCCACCACCCAAAUUUCUACAAAGGGUUCCAACGUCCUGAUUCCCUGCACAUUCCAUGUGGAUAAAUCCCCUGCUGAUCCCAAAUUCUUGACCAUAGAGUGGGAUUUCAAUGGAAGGAGAAUACUGACGUAUGACAAUGGAGUGAGCACAAUGGAUCCCCGGUUCUCUCUCAACUCCAAUUUAGCACCAUGGGGAGAGGCCUCUCUGUCUGUGUCUAAUACACAGGUAUCUGAUGGUGGCAUUUAUACCUGUACAGUCACUUACAGCCCAGAGAAGCAAGAAAAGGAGAUUAUACUAGAAAUUCAAGCCCCCCCACAGAUCACAAUCACUAAUAAAGUUGUUAGUGAGAAUAAGACGAGUGUCCUGAGAGCCUCCAUCACUGGCUUCUACCCCCAGGAUCUUGAUGUUAAAUGGCUGAGAGAUGGGGAGAUAUUACCUGGUGUUACUGUGAAUAAGUCCCAGAGAGACCCAGAUGGCACCCACAGUACAACCAGCACAGUGACCAUUGUACCCACCAAGGAGAACAGGAACCAGAUCUUCUCUGUCCGGGUCCAACAUUUCUCUCUCACUGUCCCUCUCCAGGAGGAUUUCCAGCUCAUCUAUCCAGCCAUCCAGUCCAUACACAUCACCCAUGAGCCAUUUUAUGUGAAUAAGGAGCAGACGCUCAUGUGCCAAGUGUGGGGGUAUUACCCAGAAUCCAUUGCUGUGAGUUGGACCCUGAAUGGAAGUCGUGUGGAAGCCUCAGAGAUAAAGAGGAUUAACAGUUCUGCUCUGGAGUCUUCCUACCGGUUCCUCCCAACAGCUGAGAGUCAGGGGAUGGAGAUCUCUUGUGUGGUGGAACAUCAGGCCCUCGCCCAACCUCUUGUGCAAACACUAAAGGUGCAACUCACAGGAACCAAGAACAUUAUUAUAUUUGUCUCAGUUGUUCUUGUGCUGUUCAUUGUCAUGAGAGUGUCACUGGUUACUGUGAGGUGUAUAUUGGGGAAGAAGAAGAAGAAGAACACUUACCGUAAGCUUGAACAGAAAACAGAUGAUGAUGAUCAAGGUGGAACCUCAGAACCUCUGGAACCUCAUAAAGUUAUUGAAAAUGAAAAAAUACAGUUUGGAUACAAAAAACAAAUCAGAGAUUUAUGGACAAGUUUUAUAUAAGGACACAUUCCUGGAGUGAUCUAGAACAAUAAUCUGUUUCAUGAAGUUACAUUUUCAGUAGAAGAACUAAAAUCAGGGACAUAAUUAACAUGAAAUACAAUUUAUAACAAUCAUGUUGUGUUGCCAAGAAGAUCAUUCUGUCCAGUAAAACUGGGGCAUCGGUGUUUGUGGGAAGUCAUUGAUGUGUUUAUAGUUUGACUGGAACUCAAAUGAUGAGUUUAACAAGUUUGGAAGUGAACCCCCCCCCCCAGUGCUGAUAAAGUGAUUAUAUUGGUGAGAGAAUCAACUCUCCUCAAUGGCCUCAAUAACCCCAGAUCUUUAAAAUCCCAAUUGAUUUGCUGUUUGUCUCCUGUACUUUGUGCUGUGGGGGGGGGGGUUUAUAUAUAUAUCAUAACAGAAUUGAAUGAAUCCUUUAAUCUGCAUCAUCUGAGCAGCCCAAUAAGGAGUAUGUGAGGAGGGAAAUAGAGAGUUGUUCAGGGGAAGAUCAGUAUCGGGGGUAACAAGAGGU